UGAUCUGCAGGAUAGGUAUGAGCUUGUGAGUAUUCUCUCUUAGUGUAAUAACAGAAGAUGGGAUUAAUUUUCCCAGUGACCAAUUGUGAGAACACAUGUGAAAUGCUUCCUAGAGUGUUUCUGGGGGCUCAUCAGGUGGGCAGUAUGGGUUACUACGCGUGUAACAAAAUCUCAAACUCUCGGAAGGUGGGAGACCAGAAAUUUUCGUAUUUUUUCCAUAAAAAGUUUAGGCACUAAGCUACUCUUAUAUAGGUCAUUGGGCUCCUUCCCCAAAUCCAUUUGCCAGAUACCAGGGAUGGAUGUGAUGCAGGACAGGUGUGCCCUAAAGUUGGGGCUUAUCCCAGGAUGGUUUCUGGCUUUGCCCAGGGAAGAAUUCAAGGGCAGGCCAAUGGUGUUAGAUAGCAGUCCUUUAUUUAACAGUACUGGUCUUUGUGGAUCAGUGCUAACUCAUAGGCAGUACACCCAGAGUCAGCAACAUAUGGGCUCUUGGCAACUAUGUUUAUACCCACUUUCAGUUAUAUGCAAAUUAAGGGGUGGGUUAUUUAAAACUUUCUAAGGAAGGAGUGAUAACUUUCAGGUCAUUGCCAUGGCAUUUGUAAACUGUCAUAGCAUUGGUGGGAGUGUUUUAUGCUAAUGAGCAGCGAGAGCCUCUAGAGAUCUCCAUUCUCGUCAUCUGGUUUUGGCCACUUUCUUUACUUUAACCUGCCUGCGCCAGAUCCUGUUUUGGUCAGUAGGGUUGUGAUCAGAAAACAAGUCCUGUUGGUCUCCUACCUCAGAUGAACGUCAUCAGGAGUGAGGAGCCUUUUUUUUAAGGGUAAGCAGUCUCAGGACUGCUAGUAUAAACUCUUUUCCUCAGUAGGUGGUAGGACUUUGUUAUGACAGGUUCUCCAGGUCCACUGUACGAGCAGACAUUAGAUGUGACUCAGGCAGCAUGUAUUACUCCUUGGAACCACCACCAAGAAAGGUAUCAGACACUGCUAUUGCUCUACCCAAUAGUUCAAUACUAGUAUGAGAGUUGCUGUGUGGAAGGAAGUGAGUAUGCUGACCAAACAGUGGAGUAAAUGUUUGGAGACCCCUGAAACGUGAACUUCUUAUGAAUUGAGUAAAGUUCCCCAGCCCUGUCUGUCUCACCCAUUCUCCUCUCCACAUGUGUGGGAUGUUUCAGGACUCGGUGGCCUUUGAGGAUGUAGAUGUGAACUUCACCCAGGAGGAGUGGGCUUUGCUGGAUCCUUCCCAGAAGAAUCUCUACAGAGAUGUGAUGUGGGAAACCAUGAGGAAUCUGGCCUCUAUAGGGAAAAAAUGGAAGGACAAGAACAUUAAAGAUCACUACAAACACCGAAGGAGAAAUCUAAGAAGUCAUAUGUUAGAAAGAUUCUAUCAAAGUAAAGAUGGUAGUCAGCGUGGAGGAAUUUUUAGCCAGUUUGCAAAUCAGAAUCUGAGCAAGAAAAUUCCUGGAGUGAAACUCUGUGAAAGCUUUGUAUAUGGAGAAGUCAGCAUGGGUCACUCAUCCCUUAACAGACACAUCAGAGAUCACAGUGGACAUGAACCAAAGGAGUAUCAGGAAUAUGGAGAGAAGCCAGAUACACGUAACCAAUGUUGGAAACCCUUCAGUUCUCACCACUCCUUUCGAACACAUGAGAUAAUUCACACUGGAGAGAAACUCUAUGAUUGUAAGGAAUGUGGAAAAACCUUCUUUUCUCUCAAAAGAAUUAGAAGACACAUUAUCACACACAGUGGAUAUACACCAUAUAAAUGUAAGGUGUGUGGGAAAGCAUUUGAUUAUCCCAGUAGAUUUCGAACACAUGAAAGAAGUCACACUGGAGAGAAACCCUAUGAAUGUAAGGAAUGUGGAAAAGCCUUCACUUGUAUCACAAGUGUUCGAAGACACAUGAUAAAGCACACGGGAGAUGGGCCUUAUAAAUGUCAGGUAUGUGGGAAACCCUUUCAUUCUCUGAGUUCAUUUCAAGUACAUGAAAGAAUUCACACUGGAGAGAAGCCCUUUAAAUGUAAGCAAUGUGGUAAAGCCUUCAGUUGUUCCCCAACCUUAAGAAUACAUGAAAGAACCCAUACUGGAGAGAAACCUUAUGAAUGCAAGCAGUGUGGGAAGGCCUUCAGUUAUCUCCCCUCCCUUCGACUACAUGAAAGAAUUCACACUGGCGAGAAGCCCUUUGUAUGUAAACAAUGUGGUAAAGCCUUUAGAUCCGCCAGUACUUUUCAAAUACAUGAAAGGACUCACACUGGAGAAAAACCCUAUGAAUGUAAGGAAUGUGGGGAAGCAUUCAGCUGCAUCCCCAGUAUGCGAAGACACAUGAUAAAGCAUACUGGAGAAGGACCUUACAAAUGUAAGGUAUGUGGGAAACCCUUUCAUUCUCUGAGUCCAUUUCGAAUACAUGAAAGAACUCACACUGGAGAGAAACCCUAUGUAUGUAAACAUUGUGGUAAAGCUUUCGUUUCUUCGACAUCAAUUCGAAUACAUGAAAGAACUCAUACUGGAGAGAAACCCUAUGAGUGUAAGCAAUGUGGGAAAGCCUUCAGUUAUCUCAACUCCUUUCGAACACAUGAAAUGAUUCACACUGGUGAGAAACCCUUUGAAUGUAAGCGAUGUGGUAAAGCCUUUAGAUCUUCUAGUUCCUUUCGACUACAUGAAAGGACUCACACUGGACAGAAACCCUAUCAUUGUAAGGAAUGUGGGAAAGCCUAUUCUUGCCGUGCCAGCUUUCAGAGACACAUGUUAACACACGCUGAAGAUGGACCACCUUAUAAAUGCAUGUGGGAAAGCCUUUAAUGCUCUGGGUUCAUGUCAGAUACAUUAAAAUACUCACUGAAGAGAAGCCCUAUGAAUGUAAGUAAUGUGGGAAAGCAUGAAAUUCUGUUGGUGCCUUUUUUAAUACAUGAAAGAAUUCUGGAGAGAAGCCAUAUAAAUGUAAGUAACAUGGGAAAGCUUUCAAUCAUUUUAGUUCCUUUCAAAUACAGGAAAUAACUCAUCACGGAGAAGACCGAACAAAUGCUUUUUGGAAGGGAACCUGUAUUUGAGAGAAAUCCUGUGUAAAGAGUGUAGGAAAGGUUUUAUCAUCAUACAAUCCUGUCACACAUUGAAUGCAUAGUGGAGAGAACCCUGGUAAAUGUAAAGAGUGUGGGAGAGCCUUUAGUCAUUUUAGUUCCACUUGAAGCCAUGAAAGAACACACAGAGGAGAGAAAGCUCUUGAAUAUAAGCAAUGUCCAAACGUUUUUAACCAGCCUACAUUUUCAACAACAUGUAAGAAUGCACUCUGGAUCAAAACACUAUAAAUGUGAAAACCACGAGGAAGGUUUUCCAUUGUAAUAUACUUUUAAAGUCAUUUGAGGGCUCUGUGGCUUCGUGGAUUAAAGUACUUGUCUGGCAAACAGGAGAUGCUGGGUUUCAAUCCCAGCAGGGCCUCAUUAGUUGAGGUAUUGAAUUUGAACAGGUGUUUCGGCUCUGGCUGGGUGUGGUGGCUCACACCUGUAAUCCCAGCACUUUGGGAGGCUGAGGCAGGAGGAUCACUUGAGGUCAGGAGUUUGGGAUGGAGUUUCAAGUGUGCAAAACAUAGCAAGACCUCAUCUCAAAAAAAAAAAAAAAAAGUCAUUCAAAGACUUAUAAUAUAGCAAAAUCCUAUAAAUGUAAGUACUUCAAAAAGCCUAAUGCAUAGCAGGUCAUGUAGUCUCUAGAAAAUACAUAAUAACCUGAUGGAAAUGUAGAAGCUAUAUGUAUAUUUUGUUAAUUAGUGGCUCAUAUUUAAAAUAGUUCUCUAUGGAUUUCAAAUGCUUAAUCUCACAAAUAAAUGUUAAGUUGAUAUAAUCCUGUAAGUAAUCUGAAAGCAAUAGUGCAUGAAUUUCAUAGGUAGUGUUGUUUUAGGUCAGUAAUUAAAAUAUUUGUCUUUCCAUUUUGAAAUGUGUUUAAUCCAACGAUGAAUUUAAAUGUGUUUCUUAUAUUCAGGUCUGUUAAAUUGUAUAUGGUUGCUUAAUUGUUCUGUGAUUGAGGACCACUGAAAAAUAAGUCUUAAUAAAUGUUAGUAUGAACCUA